AUAGAAAACUACCGCCAGUCACUGUAUAAACAGGCAGAAGAGCUGUUCUCCAAUCACAUACCUUUGAAGAUCUCACAGCUUGACAACCUGCUGAAGGGAGAUGAGUUCAGUAUCACUGACCUCUCGUCUCUCCAUGCACCCCUGGACAUUCCCAUUCCUGACCCCCCGGCUGCAGAGGAGGAGGAGAUGGAGACAGAUAAAAAUGAAGAUGAUGAGAAAAAGAAGAAAGCUCCCAAGUGUGGCUUCAUCAAAGGAAAUGAGCGGAUUGUGAAGUUGCUGGAUAUUGUAAAACCAGAGAUAAUGGCUCUGAAGGAGACCUGCAUCACUGUCUCUUGCUGGAUCGCUCAUCUGAUUCCAAAAAUUGAAGAUGGAAAUGAUUUUGGAGUUGCAAUUCAGGAAAAAAUCCUUGAGAGAAUUACUGCUGUGAAGACCAAGGUGGAGGGUUUUCAGACCAACAUUAACAAGUACUUCUCAGAGAGAGGCGAUGCGGUGGCCAAAGCUUCCAAAGACACACAUGUGAUGGAUUAUCGCUCUCUGGUGCACGAGAAGGAUGAAGCCGCAUAUUCUGAGAUCAGAGUGAUUGUGCUCGAUAUACGCGGAUUCUACGCUGAACUUUAUGACGUCAUCAGCAAGAACCUGGAGAAAGUGACAAACCCCAAAGGAGAAGAGAAGCCAUCCAUGUACUGAGACAGAUACUUACUGGGACCUUCAUAUACAUAAAGUUGUACAACUAGACCAGUUUUAAGAAUUUCUCACAUUCUAGAUACAGUAGUUUCAUGAAACUUUUGACAGUAGAUGCAUCUUUUAAAUCGGUUUAUUACUAAACUUGUUAAAUUAAUCACAGAGGUAGUUGAAUUCUAUUUCAGCAUGUACAAAAUUAAAGAAAGAAAACCUAAAAGCAAAUUCACUCAUAGGACAUGUUCUUAAAGCAACAAAAAAAACCAUUAAAACCAACAAUGAUUUCACAAAA